GCGGCGCCCUGCACGAUGACUACACAGGAGGAGGAGGAGAGGAGGAGGAGGCGGGGCGUGUGUCUGCGAAGCGUGUGUCGGGGAGGGGCAGGCGCGGAGGGAAGGAUCGGUGUGACGGUCGCCGCGAAGCGUGACCCUCACACUGCCACGGGACUCCAUCAGGGAAGGUGCUGUCGCGUGGCUCGCUGCCUCACCAUCACCACCACUAUUUCCAGCACUGCUACCUGCCCACCUACCAAUACAGCAACAGCAGCCACCAUGGGCGUGCAGCAACAAGAACAACAAGGCGACCUCAAGCCGCGUAAAUCAACAAAGCCUGUCAGCGAAGCCAGACGGAUCCGCAAGCCACUCAUGGAGCGGAAGCGCCGCGAGAGGAUCAACACGAGCCUCAACGACCUCGCCUCGUUGCUGACGGAGGCGCGGAUGGUGCGGCCUGACGCAGGAGGGCGGCCCGCCAAGUUGGAAAAGGCUGACAUUUUAGAGCUGACCGUCAAGCACAUCAGAACGCUGAAGGAGAAAGGGAGCGCCACAGACCUCCCCAAGGAGACUAAGGAGAUGGUGAAAAAAGAAGACAAGAUGGAAGAGGAGGAGGAGAAAGGCGAGAAGGUAACAGAGAAGAAGAAAACCUCUGCAGAGGGGAGAUACUUAGCAGGAUUCCGAAGGUGCAUGAACCUAGUGGAAGAAAAGUUACAGCAGACGGGAAAGGAGGUGCUGAAGGAGAGACUGCUGGAUCACCUCGGGUUGUGUCUGACCAACCUCGAGUCACGCCUGUCAGCACCAGACGCGUUCACUGCCGUUAAGAGCGAGGACAGUGCAGCCACCACUGUAGAGGACACCGGUGCCAGCGGGAAAGAAAACAGCACAGCAACACCUGGCACGUGCCUCACCCUUACGCCCACCAGACUGUCCACGGGUGUGCUGGCCUUCGUGGUGCAGGGACCUCUUCCCCCAGCCCUUCUCACGCAGCGGUCAUCCUCAUCACGCCCACACUCGCCCUCCUCACAAAUCCCAGAUACCCUAACACCACCCAACUCCACCACCACCACCACUACCUCUCCUUCCCCUUCCUCUUCCUCUCAAGAGUGUCAGCCUUACCCAUGUCCUCACCACCCACCGUCCUCCCCACGCCCACACCCACUCAUGAUAUAUCCACAUCCACUCACGACAUCCCAUCCGACUCCAACACCACCUCACACUCCCACAGCAUGACACCUUACCUCACGCCCUCCACCCACUCUCACACCCCACCCACGCCCCCACCUAGUGUGUCCCCGUUCUCCGCGCAUCAGGUGGAAGGAAUGGAUGUGGAGGAGGAGGGGGAGCAGGAGAGCACAACACAGCCCUUCGAUUUAAGCCUGAGGAGGAUGUGGCGCCCCUGGUGAGAUAAGGCAACUGAAGGAGAUGAAGAGAAACCAAUAGCAGUAAAUGGGCAAAAUGUGUGGCGCAGCUGUUUGCUCUCUAAAACACCAGUGCGACUUUCUUAUGUUAAAUUAUUCGUCGUAUCACUCACUCACUCACUCACUCACUCACUCACUCACUCAUUCAUCUGUGCAUACUGGUAAGGUACGGUUAUGUAUAAUCCGCAAAGACAAUGAAUAGUAGAGUAUAAGUAUGAAUGAUUACUUAUAUACAGUACGCAUGCGUGGAAUACCAGCAUUAUAGGCACUGCUCAGUACGCACGCACACACACGCACACACACACACACACACACACACACACACACACACACACACACACACACACACACACAAGCAGUGAGAGAACAUGAAGCUACUAGUAAUUGAUGGAUAUUGUUAUCAUUAUUAUUGUUAUCAUUAUUAUUAUUAUUAUUAUUAUUAUUAUUAUUAUUAUUAUUAUUAUUAUUAUCAUUAUUACUGCUAUUUUCCUCAUUAUCCUCGUUAUCAUUAUCAUCAUCGUCAUCAUUAGCAGUAGUAGCAUUACUGUUGUUACCACUUUCAUUGAUAUCAUUAUCAUUAUCUUCGUCUGUGAUAUCUUCCACUUAGAGUAACUACACAUAUUUAUAUUCGAUAAAGACAAAACAUUAAAAUGAGUCAAAAAUUUCA